AUGCCUCCUGCACCACCUCCAGCUGUGCCACGCUCCAAUCCACCUCGAGGCUCUCGCCCUAAGCGCUCUUUGAACUGGAAUGCUCUAGAACGCGAUAACACCGCUCCUGCUCACUCCAGAGUGUCCCCUGCUGCCCAGACUCCUCCGCCACCGUCUCCGGCCUCUAGUCCCGAUCCAUUAGCUCUAGGCUCGCCUCCAGCCGCUCCUGCUCUUGACUUGGAGCCUGCUCCUGUCUCUGAUGAUGACGAUGAGCUUAGGUUGCCUGGAGCGCUAGGAGAGGACUUGGACUCUGCUGAGGCCAUGUCCGCUGCUAUGGAGCAAGUCCUGACUGGCCAGGUCAUCGAGUACUGGUCCUGGGAGGAGGCAGCAGAGUUUGCUUUCGCGUCUCUGGCUGAGAGCGCGUUCAAGGGUGCUGAGCAUGCUGGGGAGCCUCGGACUUUCCAUGAAGCGAUGCUGUUGAGAUCUGAUGACUUGGUCACUCUUUGUUGA